CAUUUACUACACACUGGAAGACGGGUUACCCACGCUGAUUAAAAAACUUACAAGUCUUUCACUGUACAAACUGACAUCAUUGAAAUUAAUGCAUUACUUAAUUUGUUCUGCAGUAGUUUGAUGCAUCCCUAAUUUUGCAAAUUCAAACUUGACAGGAAGUGAAGAAGCAGUUACACGAUUAUUUGCAGCGCAGAAAAGUCGUCAAGCAACGUUUUAGUUUCACCUCUGGCUCCCAAAAUUAUGCCACUAUGUCUAUAAUUACCCUUGUAUCUUUGGAUGAUGGCGAGAGUAUAGAUCUUCCGGACGAAAAAACUAUAAAAAUUGGACGUGGCUCUUUCUUGAAGGUAUCAGAUAAAAGAGUAUCCAGAAAUCAUGGAAUUUUAGAUGUAGAAGAUAAUAAGUUAUAUCUAACACCUACGCAUGGUAAUCCUUGUUUUUACAAGAAGGAUGAAGAUGACGAGUUGCCAUCAUCAUUAACUAAAGAUGUUAGAAUAGAACUUAAAGAUGGAGAUAUUUUUGGAUUAUUGCCGGAUAAAUUGUUUUACAAAGUGGAAUACAGCCUUGUCAAUGGAUCAGAAAAAAGUGAAACUAAAGAAAAAAAGAAGGAGGAAUCAGAAGAACCCAAACCAAAGAAAAAAGACCCACAUAAGAAUGAUGAGAAAAUUGUCAAACCCCCUGGAGGAAAGGAUAUGGCAUUACCAAUAGACAAGAAAAGAACACUACCCAAAUGGUUGAUUGAGUCAGCCAAAUUAUCUCCCCCAAGUAAAUCACCUGUCAAAGCAGCUCCAAAACGUGCAGCAGCCACUCCAGUUAAAGCUAAGAAGAAACAACCUGAAUCUGAUGAAGAUUUUGAUGAUGAAGAUUAUGUGGAGGAAAAGAAGCCACCGAAGAAAAGGGUUUUACCAUUUCCUACAAAAGUCAAGAAGAAAUAUACAGAGUCUGAUGAAGACUUCAUGGAUGAUUUAGAUGAUGAAGAUUAUGUAGAAGAAAGGAAGAAAUCAAAAAAGAGAGCACCUCCUGCAAAGGCCAAGAAGAAAUAUGCAGAGUCGGAUGAAGAUAUGGAUGAUUUAGAUGAUGAUGAAAUUGUAGAAGAAAAGAAGAAAUCAUCAAAGAAAGGUAAAAAGAAAGUUGACUCUGAUGAAGAUUUUGAUGAUGAGGAUUAUGAAGAAGAAAGAAAGCCACAGAAAAAGAAAGGAAAAGGGCCAACUCCAAGGAAGAAGGCAAGAGAGCCAUCAAGUGAAGAGGAUGACUUUGAGGAGGAAACACCACCCAAAAAGAAAAAGGGGAGACAAACAAGAAGAAGAGAUGACUCAGACGAUGAAUCAACUAGUAGAAGAGGGAGACCGGCUAGAUCUGCAGCAAAGAAAAGGGGGAGUUAUGUGGAUGAUAUUGUUAUACCAGAUUUAAGUUCUGAAGAAGAAUCACCAGACAUUGAGAAGAAUAAUGACAGUGAUUUUGUUGCUAUAGAAGAGGAAGAGUCAGGAAGUGACUGGGAAACGUCAAAUAAGAAAGGCAGGAUGAAAGUAGAGAAACCUUCAAGAAGGACUCCAGGCAGAGGUGCUAAAAAGAAAAAACGAAGAUACGGUUCUGAUUAUUCUGAUGAAGACGAUGAUGAUGAAUAUGUCCCCCGACCUAGUCAGAGGAGGGCAAGUGUCAAAGCAGCAAAAAAAUUCAAAGAUUACGAUGAAAGUGAGGAGGAAUCUUCCGAAGAAGAUUUUUCACCAAAACAAAGUAAAAGAGACUAUUUAGCUAAGAAAAAACCAAGUCCUCCGCCAAAAGGACGAGGUAAAGGCCCUUCAAAAAAGGAGACCUCAUCAGAAGAGGGAUCAGAAUCUGGAGAAAAGGAAGUGUCUGAAGAAGAAGUAAAACAACAAAAAGCAACAAAAGGAAAGAAGAAAGCUAUUGAAGAAGAAAAACCUAAAAAGCCCAAGAAAAUAAGAAAACAUAGAAAGCGUUGCAUGUUUGGUAAAAAAUGUUAUAGGAAAAAUGAAGCCCAUUUUAAAGACUAUAGUCAUCCAGGUGAUGAAAGUUAUGAUAAUAUAAACAGUGAUGAUAGUGUGGAUGAAGGAUCAUUAAAUAGAAAAGACAAAAGUAAACAAAACAUCUUCGGCAAGGCUAAAGCAGCUAAAACCGCUGAUGAAGAUGAGGAGGAUGAUGGCCUACCUAAUACCUAUGAUUACAAUGAUUCUUUUAUAGAUGACAACACACAGAAGGAUUUAGAAUCAGAUUCUGAAUCGGAUUACGGAGAUUCUGAGGAUAUCAGAGACUUGAAAAAAAAUGCUAGAAAAUUUGUCAAAAAUAAAAAAAUGUAUCAAAAGUAAUCAGAAUAAUUUGUAUCAUUUCAUUGUCAACAUUUUGUUGUUAUUUAGUACAUGUAUUUUAGAAAUUUUGAUUUUGAAUCAUUUAAUAUUUUAAAGCAAAGCUUCCUUUUCUUAUAAGCCAUUCUAUAUAGUAAGUUGAACUUUUAUGUACUGUGCAUUUGCAGAUAUAGAAAUAAGUCAUCCAUUCUUUUCUUCCUUUUCAGAUGUUUUUACCAUUGGUGCAGGACAAAUGUUUACUGUUGAAAGUUUGUGCAUGUCAUUUUGUAUACCAUUAGUUGUAUUUGUUGCAUAUAUAACUAAUAGGCCAAUAUUGUUUGUCAGAUAUUGUGAAAAAAAAAUUACAGAUUACUCUAGAUUCGUUUAUUUUUUGUAGGUACAAAACAUUUACAAAUAUUCAUAGAUUGGAAUCAGUUUUUGUGGAUUCUUGCUUUUGUAUUUUAACAUGUUCUGCAUUCAAGCCUAUAGAAAAUUUAUAUUUUGUUAUAGACUUAAAUUCAUGUUUCAACAAUACCAGCAAAAUCCAAGACAAUAAGUAGAGUGGGUGGCACAUAUUCGCCUUGGACACAUUUUCCGUUUUUGCAUUUUUUUCUGUAAAUUUCGUGUGCCUUUACCCAAUACUUGCCUAAAUAGAUGCUAAACGGUGUUUAUAAUGUUCGAACUGUUGAUAUUCCUCUUUACCCCAUUUCCAAUGUUAUUCGCGCAUAUAAAGAAAUACGCAGGUGUUUUUGAACAAUUUUGGCAAUUAUGUAAGAUUUAUAUGGCACGCAUGCGCAGUCAUAAAGUAAAUAUUUGUUAGAAAAAUCGUAUAGGAAUGAUCUUUCAAGCUAAUUCAUGUAAUUGCAAACAAUUGUUUUUAUAAUAUACAAGGAUAAUGAGGAUGGUCAUAUCAUACAAAGCGGCGAAAAUGUGUCCCCCAUGGUACAAGAACAACUUGAUUUCCUCUUGAGUUUGUGUUCAUUUUUAAAACAUUUAAACAAUGUUUUGAAGAGAAUUCCUUUAUCAAACAUUUUUUUCAUAUAGUAAACUUUCUGAAACCUACAUAAAAAGUUUAAAAUAUUCGAAUGUAGGUCGGAUGUAGGUGGAAAUGAACGAAUUUUGCGGCGAAUAUGCGUCACCCACUCUAUGUCUUGAAUUAUUAUGAAUGCACGGUGUGUACUUUUUAUAUAGCUUUUUAAAAUUAUUAUUAGAUAUACAAAAAAACUGUCAUAAUGGCAGCUCUACCGUUGUUUUUUUUUAAAUCACAGAUUUAUGACGUAAUUUUUAUUUUUACAGACUGAAACAUGAAUUUCAUUAAAUCAUGUUAUUAAAUAAACUAACAUAUAAACUUUCAUGAAGAGGUAAGAAAUGACCAUUUUAAUAUCUACAAAAAAUAGAUUUGCAUUGACCUUGCAACUUUUAAAUAAAAGUGAAGGACAUUAAGUGAAUAAUAUUUUACACAGCUCAGAAAUUCCUACACAUCUUAACUGCAAUCCCACCAACACCUUCCACCCAGUGUCUGAACAUCAAAGAUUCUGAAUUAGUAGUUAUGGAUACAAUAUGACUGCACCUUUUACAAUAUUUGCAGCUAUUGUUAAGUUUAAGAUAUGCCAUGGGAAACAGUAAAAAUAAAUCAGAUAAAAAACUUAUAAGCAGAGGUGCAUGAACAAUGGCAUUAUGUAAAAUAUAUUCCUUGAAUGUUACAUGGACAUACACUUCAUGGUAAGGUGAAGUUGCAGAUACAAAAUAUCUGCCCAUAUUUGUCAUGUUUAUAUAUUUGCUUAACUCCAUGCUUUGCUAUAGUGAAUCCCAAAAAUAGAAAACUACCUAAUAGUAAUAUUGAAGGUUGACAUAUGCUUAGCUUACACAUUUUUGCAAAUAAACAAAAUAAACAACUGUUUUCUUCCAAUAAAUGUUUAAUGAAAUAAGAUUUACAUUUUUUUUACAUCAAUUUGUAUGCCCCACCUACACUAGCAGGAGGAAAUCAUGUUUUCAGGUCAGCAUUUGUUUGUCCAUCCCAUAUCUGAUUAAAGCUUUUGUUUAUGGUAGUUGCCAUGAAGUUGUGGUCACAUCAACAUGAAACUCAUUAUGAUGUAAACAUUUUUGAAAAAUACCAAAUUGGGGUUUAGAACCAUAUUUAUCAGUUAACUAAUCAGAGAAAUAUGACAGGUUACAAUUAUAUUUUUUUUAAGAAUAUGCCCCAAAAAUGUCUGUCUUUCAUUUGUAAGGUAGUGGCAUUGCUUUUGGCCUAGAUGUCAUGUUAUAUCUCCUAUGUUCAUUAUACCUGUAAGAAAUUAGUACAGACAAUAACUAUAUGUAUUGUAGGUCACGAUAUUCAACAUGGUGAUUUGUUUUAAAGAUUGGCUACUAGGUUAGAUGGUUUUAAAUGAUUUCCAUACAUUUUUAUGUCAAAUUUUGCAGAUGUUUGCCAUGAAGAAAGUUUGAAAUUCAUAUUUUAUCAUGCUCAGGAACUCUGAAAUAUUAUAAUUAGUGCCAUUAAUUACCUUGCAUGGUUGUUUAGUAUUUUGUCUUGAUGAAGUGCAUUUAUUUUAUCAUUAUCAGUCAAAUCUGACAUUAGGCUAUUUUAUUCUUUUGUUUGUCCUUCAGGUAUCUCAGCAUUUAAAAUAGGAUGGCAAAAAAACAUAUUACAUGCAUUGCAUUAAAUUAUGCAGGGAAAGUAAACUCCUACGACAGGUAAUCCUGUAAAUUUCCCUGGGGUACAAAGAUUUUAAAUUACAUUUCAUAUGUUGGUAAUGUAGGGGUAAGCCAGUUCAGCUAUCAAAAUUUUCACCCAAAUAAAAAUUGCUAAGCCCUGGUAGAAUUUAAUUGUUCUCAUAAUACAAUACAAUUUGCAGGAUCCUAAUAUAUUUUUAGUUAUCCAUUGUUAUGAAAGAUGACUGCCGGCUGAGUUUCAUAUGUAUUUUUCACUGCUUUCAUUCUUGAUUUAUUAAAUUUAAAAACAUUUUAUUUUUAUUAAAGUUCCCCAUGACAACCCCCUUCCCCAAUGUUUGGUCAUCACUGCAAGAGUCCUUUUCAAGAAACUUGCAAGAAUAGCUGUCACAAGUGCUAUAUAAGAAUUGUAAGAGUUGUUGAACUUUUAAAGAAACACAUGCUUCCAUUUGAAUUUUAUUAUUUAACUGUAUUUUAUACAUUUAUAAACAUCUGUUAUCAGGAUUAUUGUAAAUAAAAACAGGGCUUGGUUUUUUUAUUUGAAGAACUAUUAAUGCAAUAUGCAUGGUGUUUCAAGCAAGGUUUCAUUGUAAUAACCAUAGCAUUUUAACAUUUCAUACUAAUUAUGUAAUUGUUUCAAUGUUACUAUUUUAGGAGAACUGCAAAAAAUGUUAAUUGCUUAUUAUGAGUUUUGUCAGCUUCAUAUUUGUACUCAAGUCACAAAACAGUGUUUUAGCAUUAUUUUCUAUACAUAAAUGUGUGUGUAUGUCUUGACAUUGUUUAUACCAUUGUGUAGAUGUAGUCAUGGGAAUUUUAUCAUAACACAAUAAAUAUUGUUUUAAUAA